AUGGACCUUGAGUCACGCAACACAACCCUACAAACAGAACUCGAUACUGCCACUCCGACUUCGCUGUCGCGUCGCAAUCAGGACCCAGCAACAUGGCUACCACGAUCCCCAGCUCGUCACACCCUCCAAUCUCACCGUCAACCCGUCACAUGUGUUGCCUUCCAUCCUGUCUUCUCUUCACUGGCUUCAGGCUCCGAAGAUGCCACAAUCAAGAUCUGGGACUGGGAGUUAGGUGAGCUUGAACGCACAAUCAAAGGUCAUACCAAAGGUGUUCUCGACAUCGACUAUGGUGGUCCGCGCGGAGGCACUCUUUUGGCCAGCUGUAGUUCCGAUCUGACCAUCAAGCUCUGGGACCCGAGCGACGAGUACAAAAACAUACGUACCCUACCCGGCCAUGAUCAUAGUGUGUCGGCUGUGCGCUUUAUUCCUUCUGGCGCCGCUGGCGCACCGUCAAGUGGAAAUCUGUUGGCCAGUGCUAGUAGAGACAAGACCAUCAGGAUCUGGGACGUCACGACUGGUUACUGUGUAAAGACCAUUCGCGGCCAUGCUGACUGGGUACGCGAUGUCGCCCCUAGUUUCGAUGGUCGCUGGCUGCUCUCUGUUGGAAACGAUCAAACUGCUCGCUUAUGGGACACCCAAUCUGGUGAUGCGAAGGUCACUUUUGUUGGCCACGAGCAUGUUAUUGAGUGCUGCACAUUUGCUCCUGCUGCCGCAUAUCCCCAUCUGGCUUCAAUGGCUGGACUAAAGAAAGCUCCACCGCCAACCAGCUCGGCCGAAUUUGUUGCUACUGCUGGUCGUGACAAGCUCAUCAAGCUUUGGGACGCCAGAGGAACUCUGAUCAAGACACUUGUCGGCCACGACAACUGGGUGCGAGCUCUGCUGUUCCACCCAGGAGGCAAAUAUCUCCUCAGUUGCGCUGACGACAAAACGAUACGCUGCUGGGACUUAUCACAAGAAGGAAAAUGCGUCAAGACCAUCGAAGACGCCCAUGGUCAUUUCGUCAGCAGUAUGCGCUGGGCACCAGGUGUGAUCAAAGAUGCAGCUGCUGCUAACAACGAUGCCGCUACCAACGGGUCCAAAUCAGGUGAUGAGACGGCAAAAGUCAGCAUUCGGUGUGUCAUUGCGACGGGCAGUGUUGAUCUGAACGUCCGGGUAUUUGCAUCAUAG